AUGGGUAUGCGAAGUAUAUCUCCUGGAGCUUCAGUUUCUAAGCCACCUAGAAAUAGAAUGCAGAGGAAGGUUAAUACUCUAUCAUUAACCAAUUCUCCUGUUGAGGCUAGUAUUACUAAAAGUAUCAUAGCUGAGAAAGACGGGGCUUAUAGUAAGGAAGGCUACUUAUCACUGUCAUCGGAGUCUGGUGGUUCAUCGAUGGGAUCCGGGUACCAAUAUUCACAAAUUUUGCAAUUAGAACAUGCUGUUUCAACUUUAAAUGAUUCACUAGACCGUAUUCUGAAACUAUCCCCGCAUUUGAAGACCUACUUAUCAUACUUUAAUAAUGAGAAGACUCCCACCGAAUUUUUGCCAAGUUUCUCAAGGUAUCAAUUGAAAUGCGCAGCCGAGCUGAAAACGCUAUAUCUGCUAGGAAAAUUACCGAUUAUAGAUGAAUUGAAGGAAUACGAAUCGAAAUUUUCCGCUUCCGAUCCAACUCCUGUAUUUUCAAUACUGGAAGCUGAAGAUGUAGAUCGUCUUUCUGGCGAAGACAGAGAGGAUGAUUAUGUUCCAUCUGAAGUUGGUACAAACUCAUCAAAUAUUCUUUCCUUAUCUACAAACAAAAACUGGCCGCCUCCACUGCCUGAGCUUAAGAACCCCAUAAUUAAGGCUCGAGUGUUUACCCACAGGUCGAUUAUCAAUGAUAAACUAUACUUGACCGAAGCUGAAAUGAUAAAAGCACAUAAUGAACGUUUGGAAUUCCUCGGUGAUUCGAUACUGAAUACUACUAUGACUAUGAUUGUAUACAAUAAAUUUCCUAACUUCAACGAAGGUCGUCUUUCGCAGCUGCGGAUGAAACUUAUUAAUAAUGAGAGAUUAAAAGAGUGGUCGUUUCUAUAUGGCCUACCUAAUAUGUUAAAGACAAAUGUCGAAGCCUUCAACCAACCGUCUGAUAAUACAACUUGCAAACUAAAGUUGUGUGCUGAUGUCUUUGAAGCAUAUAUUGGAGGUUUGAUUGAGGAGGACGCUAAGAAAAACUUACCAACUGUCAGGAAGUGGUUGGAGAAGUUGGCUGAACCCGUCAUUAAAGAAGAGAUGGAAACUGACGUAUUUUUAGAAAAUACAGAAGAGGUUGAUAUAAACGCAAAGAAGACUCUAUAUUCCCUAAUAGGAUAUGCUGCAUUAAAACUGCAUUAUCACCCUGUACAUCGGCCAACUUUGAAUGAUCCUUACGCGAUAGUCGAAUGCAGAGUUAAAAAUGAUGUAGUGCUUGGGUCCGGGAAAGGUAAGAACGUUAAGAUUGCUGGGAUGAGAGCGGCACAAGAGGUGUUGGCAAACAAAGAACUAGUCGAUAGGUAUGCUGCAGAGCGCGCAGCUAUUCCACGAGGGGAAUCUGUAAUCAAAGAAUGCGUUGACCACAGCGACUCUAAGCAUUAA